UUGUUGUGAUUAUUGCUGCUAACUCGAUUGUGGCUGUUUCUAGUCCACAUUUCGGCCUAGGGACCGUGUUUGUGGAUGGGAACAGGCGUGAUUAAAACUUCUAUCAUAAGCUAAACUCGUCGCAAAGAUCUGACCAUAUUUCCUUUAUUUGUGACGCACUAAGUUAACGGGGUCGCCUUAAACAAACAGGGGAAAACCAGAUGGCGGCUGUGAGCAGCAUGAGCAAAAUGUACGGGCUAUGUUUCCAUGCAGUUCGCCAGACAGCAGGACUGAAAACAUCGCGGCUGCUUCAACACAGAGCCUUCAGAGUCGGUGCUGUGCAGCAGCAGCAGCCCUUUGACUCGUCACUGGAAAAGCCACAAUUCCCCGGAGCCUCGGCCGAGUUUGUGGAUCAGCUGGAGUUCAUCCAGCCUAAUGUCAUCUCUGGGAUCCCAGUGUACCGGGUCAUGGACCGACAGGGAAACAUCAUCAACCCCUCUCAAGACCCCCAGCUCUCCAAAGAGACAGUAUUGAACUUUUAUCAGAAGAUGACUCUGUUGAACACAAUGGACCGCAUUCUUUAUGAGUCUCAAAGACAGGGUCGAAUCUCCUUCUACAUGACUAAUUACGGUGAGGAGGGAACGCAUAUCGGUAGCGCCGCCGCCCUCGACGAAAAGGACAUCGUUUUUGGUCAAUACAGAGAAGCUGGUGUGCUGAUGUAUCGCGGUUUCCCCCUGGAUCUGUUCAUGGCCCAGUGCUACGCCAACGCCGACGACCUCGGGAAGGGCCGUCAGAUGCCCGUCCACUACGGCUCUAAAGACCUGAACUUUGUCACCAUUUCUUCUCCGCUGGCCACUCAGAUUCCUCAGGCGGCCGGAGCUGCGUACGCAGCCAAGAGGGAAAACAUCAACCGGGCCGUGAUCUGUUACUUUGGGGAGGGAGCGGCCAGCGAAGGGGACGCGCACGCCGGCUUCAACUUCUCCGCCACCCUCGAGUGCCCACUGAUAUUCUUCUGCAGGAACAACGGCUACGCCAUCUCCACCCCCACCAACGAGCAGUACAGGGGAGACGGCAUUGCCGCCCGCGGUCCAGGAUACGGUAUGCUGUCCAUCCGUGUUGACGGCAACGAUGUGUUUGCUGUGUACAAUGCCACAAAGGAAGCGCGGCGCAGGGCUGUGGCCGAGAACCAGCCUUUCCUCAUUGAGGCCAUGACCUACAGGAUUGGCCACCACAGCACGAGUGACGACAGCUCCGCCUACCGCUCCGUGGACGAGGUGAACUACUGGGACAAGCAGGACCACCCCAUCUCCCGGCUGAGGCACUACAUGACGGCCCGCGGCUGGUGGAGCGAGGACGACGAGAGGAGCUGGCGGAAGCAGUCCCGCAAGACGGUGAUGGAGGCGUUCGAGAGGGCGGAGAGGCGCAUGAAGCCGAACCCCGAGCUGCUGUUCACCGACGUGUACCACGAAAUGACCCCCGGCCUGAAGAAGCAGAGGGAAUCCAUGUGGAGGCACGUGCAGCAGUACAAAGAGCACUACCCGCUCGACCUGUACGACAAAUAACUCUGCUGAUGCACAAAACGGGCCCCCGGAACAAGUUGCGAUUUGGUUAUCGGAAGCGGUAAUGGGUGACGAAUGACACUAGGAUACACUGUUGCACAACUUUUUAAACUGUAGUUUUUGAUGUGUCAUAUUUUUUUGUGCAUAACGGAGAGAGUAAUUCAUGCCUCUUGGGUUUGGUGCCUUACUUUAUAGAUUUACCGUCGGUAGUAAAGCAGCUUAAUAUGUGCAAGAUUCACACUUUCACUUUCACAUACCUCUUCAUUGUUCCUUUGUGUGCGUGCCGCUGCAGUUUGAAUGCAUACAAAGUAAACAUGCGGAUUGAUCAUUAAGCCGUGGAAGUUGACUAAAGGUUGUGUCUUCUCACGUAACUGUCCCCUCGUUCAUCUGGUUUCCUUACGCAUCGCUGAGGUGGCGGAUUUAAAGUGUGUUAACGAACUUUCCUCGUGUAUCUUGUGUUGUUACGCUUAUAGUUGUGUUACACGUUUUUCCCAAACCCCAGAACUGUACACUCACUCGUCUGGAUUAAUAUUUUGUGGAAAAUAAACUGAAAUUAAAUCAU